AUGACGGAACCGGAUUAUGGGCCGCUGGACGAGAGAGCAUUUGGCCCAGUGGACCAGGACUUUAGACUGUUUAACAGUGAACUCGAUCGCAUCAUGGACCGGGAGUUUAGGCCUGAUGACGACAUGGGACACAGUCCAGCAAGAACCACACACUACGGGCAAAUGGACUCCAGGGAACCUAGAGGCCCUGUGGUGGAUAGGACCAGGGUUACGGACACUAAGGAGUUCAGAAAUUUUGUCCAAUUACGGAGGGAAAGAGAUUUUGCUCCUCUGGAGCGGGACUGUGGGGCGGUGAUUAACAGAGACUUCGGUCCGAUUGGAAACAGUAAACGGGGUCCUGAUGGGGACCGAGAUUUCGGUCCGAUCGGUGAAUUUGGUCCUGUGGAUCGAAAUUACAUGCCAAGGAUGAACGAGAGAGGCUUUGGCUCUCUGAUGCUGAGUGAAAGAGGUCCCGGGUCUGUGAACAACAGGGAAUUUGACGAGUGUCAAGAGGAGGGAAUACCCCCACCUAGACCUUACCAAGCCAACCAAAUAAACCCCAGGAUGCCUGAACCCCCAAAACCUGAACCUCCGGAGGGCAAGCAGCCAAAGCCUCCAGCAUCAAAGAAGUCCAGGCCAUCACACAACACCGGCUCCACCAAGCCACCCCCUGGACGAUUUCAAGGAGUGAUCUCAUUUGUUGGUUCAGACUACGGCUUCAUAGAACGGGACGACCUGAAGAAAAUCUAUUUCAGUUUCGAUGCCUUCUGGGGAGACACUGCAGAAAUGCUGCCGGGGGUCCAAGUGCAGUUCACUCUGUACAAGGAAAUGGGAAAGGAGUAUGCCACUGAUGUAGUGGUGCCCCCUGGUGGCACAGAGGAGGUGGACAGUGAAGUCUUCCAAGGAGUCAUCAGCAAAGUUCCUGAUCUUCCGGGUGAAGGCAAGCCCAGGAAGGGGCCCCCGCCCAAGUACACGGGUUGCAUCCAGGCCACGCUGUACAGCGGCAGCACGGAGCUCCCGUUCGGACCGCAGGACAGCAAGCCCACCCUGCUGCUGAACGACCACGUCCAAUUCAACCUGCUGACCAACCUGGUCACCAAGCAGAAGAGGGCCAUCAAUAUCAAGCUGCUGCCAGAGACCUUCCAGUUCACCUCGGAGAGUAGGGAGAUGCUGUAG